AUGGAAGCCUUCCACUUUGCGACCACGACCGACCUCUCUGAGCUACCAGUGCACGUGAAAAUCGACCGGCUAGAUGGCCAUCAGAAGCCAAUUCCGUACUCUGUGCUGCUCAAGAGGCCGGACCUGAGACACCGGGCGUCAAACACAAACCCCCACUCUGAGCUGUACGUCACGGCCCAGAUCUGGGCAGACAGCAAGCCUCUCACCGUCGAUGUCCAGACCGCGUACAAGUCGUUCAAGAACGCUCGAAUAUGGGGCGAGUGGCUGCCGCUGCCCAUCACCUACGCGAGCCUUCCUGUAUCUGCCCAGCUCGCCAUCACUAUAUGGGACCUGUCACCCGCCGAAGACAAGGACUCAGACCGCCACGCGAUUCCCUUUGGGGGGACUACCAUACCCUUGUUCGACAAAGACAACACUCUGCACAACGGCCGCCAGCGCUGUAGGAUCCAUCGCUUCAAGGCCGCUGAUGGCCUGUCGAACACUACCACGCCGUGGGUAAUACCACCAGCGCGCAAGGGUAAAAAUGAUGCCCCGCAGGAACAUGCAGUGGACGAGCAGAUUGCGGAGAUGCAGAGACUGGAGGAACUGUUGAAAAAGCAGGAGAUGGGGGAUAUCCCAGAAACACAGUGGCUUGACAAACUGGUCUUCCGAAAGAUGGAGGAGAUCAAACAGAAAGCCAUCAAAGCCGAGCAUGCAGCUAUGAACGGCCGCAAGUCACGGCCGAAUGGACUCAACGGCCAUGGCGGCGAGGACGCCGAUGAUGACAUAUUCUAUCUAGACAUCGAGCUUCCGCGAUUCGAUCAUUCCAUCGUUUUCACCGAUAACGAGUAUCCGCCUCCCCCUGUUUCCGAUAUCAAGCUGCUUUCCGACUCCGAAAUACGACUGCGACCUCCUCCAGAAGUGUCCUUUGGUCCUGGAAUAGGCAACGAAGAUGCAGAAGCCGGCCGCCUCAUUCGCAUCUACGAUCCUGAGAUUGGACGACGCGCCAAUCCUGCAGAAGAUAAGCAUCGUGAGCUGAUGCGCAGCCAACAGACAGACUCCCUGGAUCGCGACAGGAAACCCAACGUACACGUUCGCGACAAGCUAUUCGGGCUACUCAACAGGGGUCCGCUUGACGAGAUCACCACGCAAGAACGCGAUGAGAUCUGGAAGUUUCGCUAUUUCCUGUCUACCAAGAAACGCGCCUUGACCAAGUUCGUCAAGUGUGUCAACUGGCAUAAUGAACGCGAAGCCCGUCAGGCUGCUCCCAUGCUAGACAAGUGGGCAGAAAUCGAUGUCGACGACGCAUUGGAGUUGCUGGGUUCUCAGUUUGACCAUCCCGUUGUGCGUAGCUAUGCCGUGGAACGUCUUAAGAAGGCAGACGACGAUGAGCUACAGCUAUAUCUAUUACAGCUGGUGCAGGCUCUUAAGUAUGAAGCGGCUGGCGAUGGCGACGACUCUUCGCUUGCGCGCUUCUUAGUUACACGUGCAGCUAACAGUCUAGCGUUGGGCAACUUUCUCUUCUGGUAUUUGGUAGUUGAAGUCAGUGACAGCAGCAACGAUCAAGCACCGGAACAUCGCGAAUUGUUUGCAAAGGUCGAGUAUGACUUCAUGACCGAACUUGAGACAACGCCCGAAGGCACAGAGAUACGCAGGACAUUCCGUCGCCAGGUUGAGCUUCUCACAGUGCUUGGAAAGCUAUCGAAAGAGGUGCGCUACGGAGGCGGCGACCGCCCAGCCAAGAUUACACGCCUCAAGAAAGCACUCGCAGACCCGAAGAAUGACCUUCUCAGCUUCGACCCUCUUCCACUCCCGCUCGAUCCAUCCGUGCUGAUAAACGGUAUCUACCCUGACGAUUGCAACGUGUUGAAAUCAUCUCUCCUGCCAAUAGUCCUCAACUUUAGAACGACGGCCAACGCAAAGUACCCAAUCAUCUUCAAAACUGGAGAUGACCUCCGGCAGGACCAGCUUGUAAUCCAAAUCAUCACCCUGAUGGACCAGCUGUUAAAGAAAGAAAACCUAGACCUCAAACUUACACCCUACCGCAUCCUCGCGACCUCCGCCUCUACCGGCGCAUUCCAGUUCAUACCCUCCAUGUCACUCGCAGCGGCCCUCCAAAAGCACAAAGGCAGCCUCCUCUCUUAUCUGCGCGCCAACAAUCCGGACGACGCCGCGCCCCUAGGUGUCCGCAAAGAAGCAAUGGACACCUACAUCAAGUCGUGUGCGGGCUACAGCGUGAUAACCUACCUCCUCGGCGUCGGCGACCGCCACCUCGACAACCUCCUUAUCUCGCCCUCGGGCGCCUUCUUCCACGUCGAUUUCGGCUACAUCCUCGGGCGCGACCCCAAGCCGUACGCCCCGCAGAUGAAAAUUGCACCCCAGAUGAUCGAGGGCAUGGGCGGGCCCGAGCACCCGAACUACCUCGCCUUCAAGGAAUACUGCUUCACGGCGUGGUCGACGCUGCGCAAGUCGAGCAAUCUUAUUCUGAACUUGUUCGCGCUGAUGAAGGAGGCGAAUAUUCCGGAUAUCAAGGUGGAGCGCGAAGGCAGCGUGAGGAAGGUCGAGCAGAGGAUGUGGCUGGGGAAGAGCGAUGGGGAUGCGGGGCGGGAGUUUGAGAAGCUGAUUGAGGAGAGUGUGAAUGAUCGGAUGGCGGGGGUCAUUGAUGCGGCGCAUGAUUGGAUGCAGUGGCUUAAGAAGUAG